CUUCACCACAUGGGCGCAGUAGCACCACUUGGUGCCGGUGAAUGUGUUACAUUUGCUCGCUGAAAAAGUUUAUUUACUUCCGGUGAGCAGUUUAGUUGAGUUGAGUAGUGGAGCAAAAGGCGAGCAGCAAAGAUGGAGUCCAGUGAGGAGGGUGGCCUCAGUGUCGGGGGAUCUGUGGGUGAGGAAAACUACUUCCUGGGAUACACCUUCACGGACCGCUCCCACUCGAGUCGAGUGGUGAAGAGCAUCAUGGAUCUGUGCCUGGAGGACGGCCUGUUUGCUGAUGUCACCAUUAACGUUGACGGCAAAGAGUUUAACCUGCACCGCUUGGUGCUCUCGGCGCAGAGCAGCUACUUCCGCUCCAUGUUUACCUCCAACCUUAAAGAGUCCCACAACCGCACUAUUGAGCUUAAGGAUGUCAGCGCUACUGUCUUCCAGCUGCUGAUUGACUACAUCUACCAUGGUACCAUUAAAUUGAGGGUGGAGGACCUGCAGGACACCUAUGAGAUGGCAGACAUGUACCAACUGACUGCUCUGUUUGAAGAAUGCUCACGCUUCCUCUCCCGCACAGUGGAAGUCAAGAACUGCUUACAGGUGAUGUGGCUUGCAGACAGACACAGUGAUCAGGAGUUGUAUACUGCAGCGAAGCACUGUGCUAAAAUCCACCUGGCACAACUGCACCAGACUGAAGAGUUUCUAAAUCUGCCUCUUUGUCUGCUGUUGGACAUCAUAAAAGAUGGCGUUCCAAGCUCUCAGAAUCCAACAGUAGCCAUUGAGUCAUGGAUAAAUCACAAUAAAGUUGAGCGAGAGGAGUUUGCUUGCAUCCUCCAAGAAAAUCUUAAGGAAAUUGGUGAGAAUGUCCAUAUUUACCUGAUUGGGAAAGAGGAAACGAGGACUCACUCUCUGGCCGUGUCGCUGCACUGUGAUGAGGACGAUGCGAUCAGUGUGAGUGGCCAAAACAGUUUAUGUCAUCAAAUCACCGCAGCCUGCAAACAUGGAGGAGACCUAUAUGUGGUCGGGGGUUCUAUCCCCCGACGCAUGUGGAAGUGCAAUAUGCACACUAUGGACUGGGAGCGCUGUGCACCACUGCCUAGAGACCGCCUCCACCACACCAUGGUCUCUGUCUCCACCGAGGAUGCCAUCUACUCACUGGGAGGUAAAACGCUGCAGGACACACUCUCUAAUGCCGUCAUCUAUUACACAGUUAGGGACAACAUGUGGACAGAGACCAGCCAGCUGGACACCGCAGUGUCAGGGGCUGCUGGGGUUAACCUGGGAGGUACCAUCUACCUGCUGGGAGGGGAGGAGAACGACAUGGACUUUUUCACAAAGCCUUCCCGUCUUAUUCAGUGCUUCGACACCUCCUCCCAAAAGUGCCAGAUCAAACCGUACAUGCUGCCGUUCGCAGGCUGCAUGCAUGCAGCGGUCCAUAUGGAUGUGAUCUUUAUCGUAGGAGAAGGAGACUCACUGGUGUGCUACAACCCUCUGCUGGAGAGCUUCACUCGCCUGCGAUUCCCUGAAGUGUGGAGCUGCGUUCCUUCACUGUGGAAGGUGGCCAGUUGUAACGGCUGUAUAUAUGUCUUCAGGGACAAAUGUAAGAAAGGAGACGCAAAUACGUUAAAGUUUAACCCGGCCACAUCUGUUGUCUCCGUAAUCAGAGGUAUAAAAAUCCUCCUCACAAACUGGCAGUUUGUUUUGGCCUAACCUCUCCUCUGGAUGUUCACACUGUGGUCAACACACCUGCCACAGAGAAUCAGGGAAGACUAUUGGUUGACUUACCAAAACUUCACUCAUGGAGGCGUCCUGUGAGGAGACCUGUCCCCUAGAUGUAUUUACUCAGCUGGGACACUUAUUCCAUUCAGACUUUACCACUGGCCCAGCAACAACAGUUCAGCAGUGUGUCGCUUGUAUUACAACGUGUCUUAUUGUCGGUCCCUUAGCCGAGAAGUCAAUUUGUGGUGAUGCUGUAAACAGUGAUGAACGAAUCUAUCGUUUUCUGUGCAUUCCUCAUUUAUUGACAUGCAUGAAAAGCUUCAGUGUAAAAAUGUUAAUGAAGAAAAAACGUCCUUCACUAUAUUGUGAUUAAGUGUGUCAUGAUAUUGUAGGUCAAAUAUCAUAAAAUGUUUUUAAAGUGCCCAAAUUAUACUUGUUUCCAGGCUCUACUAGGGCCUAAAGCUCUACUCGAAUAAGUUUACAUGCUUUAAUGUUGAGAAACACAUUUUUUUUUUAAUAUUGCCACUCCACUAUCUGAAAUGCUCCAUUUUAGCACCCUGUCUUUUUAAGGUCCAAAGCCUCUGAUUGGCUGGUUAGAAUGAUGAAAGUGAGGCAAAGUUGGAUAUGUACAUAACCAGUGUGGCCCUUCAAAGGGCUGUCGACUGCUAAUGAAAAGCUUAAGAAAAUGAAAAGCAAAAGACAUUUUGUGACUUCUGACUUUUUUUGAAUGACCAUUUUUACAUGUAAAUAUGAAUUAAACAAUAGCUCUGACUUAUGUGAAUGGUAAUUUUGUCACGCAGUGUUGAUGUUAUCAGGAUUUUAGCAGUGAAGAGCAGCAGGCUGCAGAGUGACUUGAAAAGUUUACAUUAGUCUCACCGGCUUUUGUGAGAACAGAUUUAUUGGGAAUCUGCUGUGUUACAAAGAAACACAGGAGAGAUGCAAACGUGAGCUUGGGCUGAUAAGGGUGGGAUAAAAUAUUAUUAAUACAGCAUAUAUUGUGAUUUCCUCUUGUACUACAGUUAUUGAAACUCGAGUCCAUCUAUCUAUUUGUUCAUUUUCCUAACAGCUUAUCCUAUUCAGGGUGCCCUGGAACCUUUCCCAGGUGUCAUGCAACAUAAGGCAGGGGACACAGGCAGAGGGCUGAGACGUAGAGUUAGGCAACCAUUCACGUUCACAUUCACACCUAUGGCCAGGUUAGAAUCAUCAGUUAACUCACUUAUCCAGGGCGGGGGCAGCAGCCUAAGCAGAGAAGCCCAGACCUCCCUCUCCCCAGCUCAUCUGGGGGCUCAUCAGUUAACCUAAUUUGCAUAUCUUUGGACUGUGGGAGGAAACCAGAGUAGCUAGAGAGAGCCUACACAGACCCAGGGAAAGCAUACACACUCCACACAGAAAGAAAGGGAGAUUUGAACCAUGGAACUUCUCGCAUCACUGCAUUUUACAUUUUAUAUUUUAACUUUGUGCUGGAGCUAAUUUAAGUGUAAGUUACAGAAACUCACAGGGAGCUAAAUCAUGACAUUGAAUUAUGACAUUACUUACUAUAAUGAUCAUAGCUUAUGUAUCUGUGUAUGUCUGUAGGUACUCUAUCCCCUCCUUAACGGGUGGGCCAAUCUCAACAAAACUUUGCAUGAACAUGAUCACAUACUGUGAUCAUUAACAGCUAUACAUUUUUCAAAAAUAUUUAUUAUAAAUCCCAAUUCUAUUGAUUUUCCAAUCUUCAUUCUGAAUGUGAGGUUAUGUUCUCCAUCUGGGUUUGUUUCACGUCACAUUCAACGUACCCUAUCUUUAAGUAAUUUAACAAUCACCAAAAUUUGUAUCUGCAACAGAAUUUUGUUUGAGUCACCACUAAAUACGGAACAAAGACUUUGAAAAAGCACCACAGGCUAGUAAUAAUAAUAAGAUAUGCACUGACACCACAGUGCUUAAAUACAUAAUCCAUACUCCUUUUUUUUUUUUAACCCCUUUUUAGGUGUUUUUUGUUUUGUUUUUUUAAUUAUACAGAUAUUGUAAUACUUCAGAGGAUUGUCUCACAGUCACUGCAUUGUGGGACCAUCGUUAUAGUAUCGUACCAGGAGUUAUUCUGUGAUUUCCCAUGAAAUGAUGGUGGACUAUGGGUGUAAUUAAGUCAGCUCCAAUAACUUUUUUGAAGGCUAAAUUACCCAUCAGGCAGGUAAUCAUGCCUGUGUGUUACAUAGUGACAUAGAUAAGUCACAGAAGAAAAGCCUACGUUACAAAUGAGGCAUUUCUGGUAGUUUAACCGCCACGUUUUCUGAAGGAGAGAAAAAAACCUCUUUAGGUUUGCAAACCAUUUACAUGCACUAAAUCUGAUUAAUUGAAGGAUAGUGGAAACCAUAAAGUA